CCCGGUCCCAGCCACAGACCAGAAGACUAAAUCCCCUGUUAGUUAUUCAGCCUCAGACAGGAAAGCCGCUCGCUAGCUGUCCACCAGCCCGACAGGCCCGCGGCAGCCUGUCCUUCCCUCCCUUUCCCUGGGAGCGCUCCUUGUGCUUGGCCAUGGUGGACAUGGGGGGCCUGGACAACCUGAUCGCCAACACGGCCUACCUGCAGGCCCGGAAGCCCUCGGACGGUGACAGCAAGGAGCUGCAGCGGCGGCGCCGGAGCCUGGCACUGCCCGGGCGGCAAGGCUGUGCCGAGCUGCGGCGCGCGCUGUCCCCGCACUUCCACAGCCUGUGCGAGCAGCAGCCCAUCGGCCGCCGCCUCUUCCGCGACUUCCUCGCCACGGUGCCCACGUACCGAGAGGCUGUGGCCUUCCUGGAGGACGUGCAGAGCUGGGAGCUCGCUGAGGAGGGGUCCGCCAAGGACAGCGCGCUUCAGGGGCUGGUGGCCGCCUGUGCGCCUGGCCCUGCCCCGGGGCACCCGCACCCCUUCCUCAGCCCGGCUCUGGCCACCAGGUGCCAAGCAGCCACCACUGAGGACGAGCGAGCAGCCGUGGUGGCGCUGGCCAAGGCCGAGGCCAUGGCCUUCCUGCAGGAGCAGCCCUUCCGAGAUUUCCUGGCCAGCCCCUUCUACGACAAGUUUCUGCAGUGGAAACUCUUCGAGAUGCAACCCGUGUCGGACAAGUACUUCACUGAGUUCCGCGUGCUGGGGAAAGGUGGUUUUGGGGAGGUAUGUGCUGUCCAGGUGAAAAACACAGGUAAGAUGUAUGCCUGUAAGAAACUAGACAAGAAGCGACUGAAGAAAAAAAAUGGUGAGAAGAUGGCUCUCUUGGAAAAGGAAAUCUUGGAGAAGGUGAACAGCCCUUUCAUCGUCUCUCUGGCCUAUGCCUUUGAGAACAAGUCCCAUCUCUGCCUGGUCAUGAGCCUGAUGAAUGGGGGAGACCUCAAGUUCCACAUCUACAGCGUGGGCACACGGGGCCUGCCCAUGAGCCGCGUGGUCUUCUAUGCAGCCCAGAUGGCCUGUGGAGUGCUGCACCUCCACACCCUCGGCAUCAUCUACCGAGACCUGAAGCCUGAGAAUGUGCUUCUGGACGACCUUGGCAACUGCAGGCUCUCCGACAUGGGGCUGGCCGUGCAGAUCCAGGAUGGCAAGCCCAUCACCCAGAGGGCUGGAACCAAUGGGUACAUGGCUCCUGAAAUCCUAAUGGAAAAGGUGAGUUAUUCCUAUCCCGUGGACUGGUUUGCGAUGGGAUGCAGUAUUUAUGAAAUGGUUGCUGGACGAACACCAUUCAAAGAUUACAAGGAAAAAAUCAGUAAAGAGGAUCUAAAACAAAGAACUCUGAAAGAGGAGGUCAGAUUCCAACAUGAUAACUUCACAGAGGAAGCUAAAGAUAUUUGCAGACUCUUCCUGGCUAAGAAACCAGAGCAACGCUUAGGAAGCAGAGAAAAAUCUGAUGAUCCCAGAAAACAUCCUUUCUUUAAUACCAUCAACUUUGCUCGCCUGGAAGCCGGCCUAAUUGAACCCCCAUUUGUGCCAGACCCUUCAGUGGUUUAUGCCAAAGACAUCGCUGAAAUUGAAGAUUUCUCUGAGGUUCGAGGGGUGGAAUUUGAUGACAAAGAUAAAAAAUUCUUCCAAAGAUUUGCCACAGGUGCUGUCCCCAUAGCAUGGCAGGAAGAAAUUAUAGAAACGGGGCUUUUUGAGGAACUGAAUGACCCCAAUAGACCCAGAGGUUGUGGGGAGGGUACUUCAUCCAAGUCUAGUGUGUGUUUGUUAUUGUAA